UAAAAUGUAUAAAUACAAUUUAAUAAAAUUAAAUAAUAUAAUAAUAAUAAUAAUAAAAUGCAGAGGCUUUGAUUCACAUGGAAUUUCUGGAAUGUGUGACUUUGAAUGCAAUGUAAAUCACUUUUAAUAACAAUAUCUGCCAAAUGCAUAAAUAUUCAUUGUUUUGGAACAAAUUCAUAUUUUUUUAACAUUAACACAAAUAUGUGCAAUGUAAAAAAAAAUAGAUAGGAAUUUAAAAUAGCAAAAACACAGUUGUAUAUACAUCUAAUAGCAGUCAAACACUCAUGUUCUUAGCAGAAAUGAUGAUGAAGAAGAUGAUGCUGAUGAAGGCAGUGUGGGCUGCAUGUGUGUUUCUGUGUGUGUUUCCCGGCCGUGGAGUGUGUUUCUCUCGUGGGGCGAGCGUCUCAUCAUGUGUGAACAUGAAACCCGGCCACAUCAGCUCCUUCCCACAACACACACACACACACCCCACCGUCAGCGUACGCACCAGCCGCUCAGUGUACCUGCCACAACACACACUCACAGUGUUCUGCUCAGUAACGGUCCAGAGUUCCCGGGCGUUUAUGGGGUUUCUGCUGCAGGCUCGCUCUGUUGUGGAGGACCGUGUGGUCGGCGGUGAGUUCACACUCCACCCUCCGAGCACACACACGCUGUCCUGCCUCAGUCCAGACGACACCGUCACACACUCGGACAAGAUGCUCAAGAGAAACCUGUCCUUCAGCUGGAGAGCCCCGACACACCCCAGCGGAGACCUGCGCUUUUACAUCACACUGGUUCAGUCCUAUUUUGUGUACUGGUCUCGAAUCAAAUCGGCAGUGGUGCAUGAUGGGAUACGUAGUUCUCAGAACACUGACAGCGUUACAGGACAACCGAUGGCAAGCAGGACAGGUGAUUAUGACCAGCACACACACACCAACCAUCAUCGUGGUGCACAUAACACACACAUAAUCACAUCUACACACACUAACACACACACCAACACACACUCAUCACACAACACACACACGACCCUAUCUACACAUGUUAACACACACGGCAACACACACUCAACACACAACACACACACAAUCACAUCUAAACACACUAACACAUCUGUACCACAUAACACACACACCAACACGCACUCAACACAUAUACACACCAACACAUACACAACCCCAACUUUUAACACACACACUAACACACAAUCGUUAAAUGCAUCACAUAACUUACACAUUAACACACACUCAACACACAACACAAACACACACUCAACUCAUAACACACAAACUCCAUCUUUUAACACACAAACAAUCACACAACUGUUAAAUGCCACUCAAACAGCUCUGUCCUCAUCUACACAGACUUCCCCAAACACAUCUUCAUCUCAGAGCAUCUCGACACUUAACACACCAACACCAAAUAACACACACCAAACCUCUGCUAACAACACACACACCGUCCCAAAUCCACUGUUACAGACUCAUGCUUCACUUCAGAUGACAACGCAACACACACACACCUACACACCUCCAUCACACACUCAUAGCACACAGUUCUUCACUGCAUCCCUCCAUCCCAAACCCUCACCGGCUCUGCGACAAGCCGACUUCUUCUCAUCCCGGGAGCCCACAGAGCGUGCCAUCUCCCUGACCCAGCACAAAAAACACCCAUUUGAUCUGUUUGGAGAUGUUCUCAGUCGCCCGAAACAGGCCAAAGCCCCGUCUGGAGUCCCGGAGAGAGGCAUGGAGAGGCCGGAGCACGUGCCCAGGCAGAGUGCACCUGAGCUGGGUCUGCUGCUGGGUCUCUCGGCUGCGCUCGGCAUGGCCAUCGCUGUGGGGCUCCGGUACCUGCAGAGGAAACACUGUCGCAAACGUACAGCCGUGUCGCUGAACGACCGUAGCCAUGACGACAGAGGAGUCAUGCACGUGCAGGAGUGCGGAGAUCUGGUGCAGGUGCGGAAAAUACGGCAGAACAGCGUCCUGGUGCUGCAGGCCGAGUACAACCUCAUCACACCGAGCGGGAACUGA